CAUCGCUCUUGGGCCCCCCCUGCCUCGAUUCGAUGAAUAACUGGUAUCGAACGUUUGUUUACAAACUAACAUGUGCCUUUCGGCAAGAAGUGUAGUAUUCGUGCUAUACACUUUUAAACACUUAAUUAAGUUGCGUAAUUAAGAAAUUAAGUUGCGCACCAUAUAAAAACUUUUAAUGCAGUGCAAUACAAAUAUUUGCGUAUUUCUAUGUGAUUUUUAAUAUCAAGACUUAGGCAAAUCACAUAUCACAGUUCCAAAACAUGUGAUUUUAAAUUUUCUUUUUAAGAAAUCUGUUGAGCAUAAGUGGGAUUAGAGCUUCCUAUUAUUAAGUUUCACUUCCUAUCAAUAUUACAAUUGCGUGAAACUCUUCACAAACAAUUUUUUAAGAAAUGGCAGCUGUGAAUGAACUCCAGAAGCGGAGCUUUGAUAGUGAAAAUACUGAAAGUAAAGAAACGAAAAGAUUUUGUGGUGAAAAGUGUACUGAAAUAGAAGUUGAAGCAAUUAAUAAUACUGCAAAAAAUCAAGAUAGCAGUACUAAAGCUACUGAAGAAGAUGUGGGUAUAACUGAAUAUGUCAGUAAGCUAUCUGGCUUUUAUGCGGUUAUGAAAGAAAGGUAUUCCGAUUUUUUAGUGAACGAGAUUGACAUUCAGGGCAAUAUUGUUAGACUUACAAAUAUGGAUAAACCUGUUAUUUCAGAAAAUACUUGCCAAGUAAAGGAGAUUCUGGAUGAAGAUACAGUGAAAAAAUUGCAAGAUCUUGUUAACACAGAUGAAUGUCAUGAAGUUAUAAUAGAGGUUACAAAUAAAGAAAAGAAUGUUAGAAAAGAAAUCCAUGUUGCAAUAAGGCAGAACUUUCAAGGGCUCGAAUCUAGUACUGAAGAAAGAGAAGAAAGGAAAGUCAUAGUGGUUAAGAAACUUGAUUCCAAAGCUAAAGGUAAAAGAUUUAAGCCAUCUACUUUAGGAAAUUAUAUUCACUUUGUAUUGUACAAAGAAAAUAAAGAUACAAUGGAUACAAUAAAUACAAUUUCUUCCUUUCUAAGGGUUCAACCAAAAGUGUUUUCUUAUGCUGGUUCUAAAGAUAGGAGAGGUAAAACAAGUCAGCUUGUUUCUGCUUACAGAUUGGCUCCAGAAAAACUUCUUAGUGUGAAUAAAAGAUUCAAUAUGAUCAAAGUGGGAAAUAUUGUGUAUAAAAAUGAUCAAAUGAAAUUGGGUGAUUUAUUAGGAAACUCCUUUGUCAUUAUUCUCAGACAGGUUGAAGGCGAUACUAAAACUGUUGAGCAGGCAGUAGAGUCCUUAUCUUCAAAAGGCUUUAUAAAUUAUUAUGGGAUGCAAAGAUUUGGAACAUCUUCCAUCUCUACACAUUCUAUUGGCAGAGCUCUCUUAAUGGGAAACUGGAAGACUGCCAUAAACUUAAUUUUGAAACCAAGAUUAGAAGGAGAUGAAAACUUAUCAGAGUCUAGAAGAAUUUGGCAAGAAACAAAUGAUGCAAGAAAAGCUCUAGAAAAUUUGAGGCAUAAAUCAAGUAUUGAAGGUAAAUUACUCCAAGGCCUUGCAUCGAGUGAAGAAAAUAAUCUGGUUAAUGCUUUAAAUGCUAUUCCUCGUAACACUCGUCUAAUGUACAUUCAUAGCUACCAGAGCUUUAUAUGGAAUCAAGUUGUAUCCAGACGAAUCAAGAAAUAUGGAUUAAAUGUUUUAAAGGGAGAUUUAAUAUCAAAAGUACCAAAUGUAGAAUUCCUGGAUGAUGAAUCUGAAGCUAUGAGGUCUGAGAAUCCUAAGAAACAUGCACUUUCUAGCAUGGUCAAAUUUGUUUCAGAUGAAGAUAUAAACAGAUUGACAAUAAAUGAUAUUUUGAUGCCAUUACCUGGCCACAGUGUAGUAUAUCCAAAUAAUGAAACAAAAGAUUGGUAUGAAGACUGCUUAAAAAGUGAUGGAAUGAGUUGGAAUAAUUUUGAAUCAAAAGUCAAAACUUAUUCUCUGAGUGGGGCAUAUCGAAAAGUUAUAAUAACCCCAACUGAUGUCAAAUGGGAAUUGUUACCAUAUGAUGAUGUCAGUAAACCUUUGGCUCUUAGUGAUUUGGAUGUUUUACAAGGAGUGACACUAUGUGAUCCUCCAAUAAAUGGCUCCUUGAAAGCUCUAAAACUAGAAUUGAAACUUCCAUCCUCAUCUUAUGCUACCAUGGCUGUCAGAGAAGUUUUAAAAUGUGACUGCUAUUUAAGUAAAAAGAAGAGUAAUGAAUAAAUUUUUUUUUAACUUAAA